AUGUUUGUUGGAUAUGAAGAUGCUGAGGAUAGUGAAGUGUAUGAAGAUGAAAUUUAUCAUGAGGAGUCAUCCAGUGAACAGAGUGUUGAUAGUGAGGUGGAAUUUCAUCUCUAUAGCCAGAUCCACUAUUCACAAAAUCUUGGAGAAAUCAGCACACUGGAAAUGGAUGAAGAAGCUGAUGUUGCAGGAGUCACAAGUCAUAGUUCAGUUUUAACUGAGAAACAGUACGAAGACAAGGAAACCACUGAAUUAAUUGAUCAUGGUGCUCAGCUUUCAGAUGACCCUGAUAUUAUCGUCUGGUCUGAUACACCAGAAGAAGACAGUGUUUACAACUGUAAAGCAAAGAAGGCAACAAGCUGUUUAGCUCAGGGUAGAACACAUACCAAUCCAGGAUCUUCCACACCAAAUCAAGCUGAAGCUGCUGGAUGUGAUGUCCUGUAUCCUGCUGGUUCAGGCACAGACAUCUCAAGGCAAAGGAAAAGCACUAGUGGGAAGCCUAACCCUGUUAGUUCUGCUGCAGCUCAUGCCAUCCAAGACAUGUUGUUAAUAGAUGGUAGCUCAGAGGAGGAUAGUUUGAUAUCUGAAAGUGAUAAUGUAGAGAGCUGGAUGCUUCUGGGAGCCAGCACUGAUGACAGAGAUGAAGAUAUAAUGUUGAACCUUGAAGGUUGUGCAGCUUCUGUCAGUGAAGGUUAG